UGGUGGGGUCCGAUUGAAGACAAAAUCGGGCGCAGAACAUUCUCAACACGAAACGCUAUAGAGCUAGACGACGAUGGUGCUCUAUAACGUUAUCCGUAAUUAGCAGAGCCCCCGAGCUAUCUCCUUCGAAAGAAGUCGGCAAUGGAGGAGCAGGGUCCAUCCAGCGGCCAAGAGGACGGCGCGAGCAAAACCUCGGGCGGUGCCGCCGUUUCGGAGCUGCCGGCGAAUCGUCGCGGCAACUUGAGGGUCGCUGCCGGCGACGUCAACUUGUCCCAGAUCAUGAAGGAGAUCAAGUCCUCUAAGUCCCCCGCGGUAAUCAACUACGGCGCUUCUUGGUGUCGUGUGUGUAGUCAGAUUCUCCCGGCUUUCUGCCAGUUGAGCAACAGCUUUCCGAAAUUGUCAUUUGUGUAUGCGGAUAUUGACGAGUGCCCAGAAACGACACAGCACAUUCGCUACACACCUACCUUUCAUUUCUACCGUGAUGGAGAAAGGGUGGAUGAGAUGUUCGGUGCCGGAGAAGAGCGACUCCAUGAUCGUUUGUGGCUGCAUUCCUGAACGUUGAACUUGUUAUGAAUGUUUAAUAGCAGGAUUCUUUCAGAGUCAUGCCUCUUAUAAAACAUUUCUGUAGUUCAGCAGAUAUGAAGAGUAUUUGUUUUUUUUUUUUUGUAAGAAUUAAAAGAGGGGUGCAACACAAGGACGGUCACCCAUCCUAGUACUACUCUUGCCCAAGCACGCUUAACUUCGGAGUUCUGAUGGGAUCCGGUGCAUUAGUGCUGGUAUGAUCGUGCUCUGAAGAGUAUUUGUUGCGAGUACUGAUUCUUAAGAAUGGCAAAGAUUAGCUUUCAGCUUAUGCAUUUUAUGAUA